UUUGCAUAAAAAACUUGUUUUAUCUAUUCAUCGAUGCGUUAUUUCAAAUAUAUGGGUGUCAAUGUAAUAAGUAUGCAAAAUAUGUCAAUUUUCCCGUUGUAUAUAAUGGGAAGGAGAAGAGAAAGCAUUGCAAUGAAUUAUGCAGUACCAAAAUGUUGCAGUAUAAAAGCAUUUAGUUGUUGAAGUUCAUCUAUGUUAUCGUGUACUGUGGUUAUUCAUUUUGGACAUUUAAAAAUUGGAGAAGGGCUUUUGAGGUGUCCAUUUUCACGGUUUUGUGGAGAGACAAGUUUGGAUUUUUGGGUUCUCUAUUGAAGUUGAGGCAAUUUGCUACAGUACUGUCAUAGUUGUUUAGUAUAUUAAAUCCAACAAUUGGUGAGUGCUGAUGGAAACUGAAGGCCCCUCAGCUGUUUCUGUGAGAAAGACAAGUCUUACUCCGAAGGCUAUUAUUUUCCAGAAGUUUGGUAAGGAGGCACACUAUACAGUAGACGAAGUACCUGCUGCUCAACAUGGAUGCCCAGGAUUGGCUAUUCCUCACAAAGGUCCUUGCCUUUAUCGCUGCAGUUUGCAGCUUCCGGAUUUUUCUGUUGUGUCAGAAAUCUGUAAGAAGAAGAAAGAUGCUGAGCAGUCUGCUGCUGAGAAGGCCAUUGAAAAGCUUGGCAUUGAGACUUCAACGGAUCAUCCCUCUGCUGGGGAAGCAUUCAGUAAAUUAACUGGUUGUGUAAAAUUUCUAUUUUCAAAUGAGUUCCUUUCAUCACUUCAUCCACUGAGCGGUCACUUUAGAGCAGCUUUGCAGAGAGAUGGCGACCUUUACAGUUCAGUUCCUGCUUCUAUCAUGGCUGUAUACGAUUCAAAGCUCAGUAAUUUGUGUAAAAUAAUUAAUCCUGAGGCAGAGUUAAAUAAUAUUUUGGUCAUAUCAUAUAUCAUGAGGGCUGCUGCUAGGCUAGAGUCUGUUGUUACUUUCGAGGGACAGCUUUCUAUACGGAGGAAAAAUCCAUAUCCACCUAAUAUUAUAGAAUCAUUAGUAAUCCAGCAAUCUGAUUCCGCUAAUAGCAUAUGUUUUCAAGGCAUAUAUAUUCCAUGUUCGCUGGAGAAGGCUGUUCAGUCAGUUACACUUGAUGUUUCGUCAACUGGGUAUUAUCUGGAUGUUAUUGCCCAAAAACUUGGUUUAACAGAUGGAAACAAGGUUCUUGUCUCAAGGACCAUUGGUAAAACAUCUUCUGAGAUGAGAUUGUACUUUGCUGCUCCAAAGUCAUUCAUUUUCGAUCUGGCAUCUGAUCUUCCUAAUGUGAAAGGAGUUGCUAACUUUGAAGGUUUGUUGAAUCCAAGGGCAAGCUACUUCAUUGGUCAAGAAAUAUAUGGUGAUGCAGUCUUGGCAUCCAUUGGAUACACAUGGAAGUCUAAGGACCUUUUUCAUGAAGAUAUAACCCUGAAAUCAUAUUACAGGGUGCUUAUAAGUCUGAUGCCCACUGGAGUUUACAAACUGUCCAGAGAUGCAAUACUUAUGGCAGAGUUGCCCGUGGCAUUUACAUCGAAAACAACCUGGAGAGGUUCCUUUCCAAGAGAGAUUCUCAGUAUGUUUUGUCGUCAACACUGGCUGUCUGAACCUGUUUUUAUUCCUUUAGCAGCAUCAUCUGAGUCAACAAGAAUACACCAGAAAUUUGUGGUUCCAGAGUCAGCUGAACAAGAGACAGAAUGUACAGAAGCAAGUGGCAAUCUUACUAGUGGCCAAGAGAUGAUUAGAUGCGAAGUAAAAUUAUUUUCCAAGUGUCAAGAUUUGAUUUUGGAAUGUUCACCCAAAGAAUUACACAAGAAGGAGAGUGAUUCCUUACAGAAUGCUUCUUUGAAAGUUCUCUCUUGGUUAAAUGCAUAUUUAAAGAACCCUGACAUGUCUUUGGAGAUGCUAAACUAUUCUGCUGGUGCCCUUGACAUUCGAUUUUAUCCCCAAAACUUUUUCAAAAAGUUUGCAUUAUGUCGGUCUUGUCAUAAUGUUGAUCAUAGUGAAUCUCAAAGAGGUAGAUUUCUAAAAUCAAACUCUAUAAGUGGGCUAGAUGCUGUCCCUGAACAUGGAGUUUGUUGUUUGAGCAUAGGAGGUCCUGAUUCUGGUGUCUGUCCAUCUAAUGGGUCCUUAUUAUUUAUAAGUUAUUCCGUAUCUUUGGUUAUAGAAGCCCAAAAUAUGAAAGAACUUCUUGAAAGCAAAGAGGAGUUUGAAUUUGAGAUAGGGACUGGAGCUGUUGUUUCAUAUAUAGAAGCUGUUAUAACACAGAUGUCUGUUGGUCAGUCUGCUUGUUUCAAUACACAGUUGCCCCCUCAAGAGUUGAUUUUAGCUGUAGCUGAUGACACUGCUAGAACUCGUUCACUGUUAUCAUCAGAAGCUUGCUGCUUGGAGUACUCUAUAACAUUGUUGAGCAUGACAGAACCCCCAGAGGACAGAAUGGAACAGGCUCUAUUCAGCCCUCCACUCUCAAAGCAACGGGUGGAAUAUGCUGUGCAGCAUAUUAAAGAAUCUUGUGCUACUACUUUGGUUGACUUUGGAUGUGGUUCUGGAAGUCUACUGGACUCUUUGUUAGACUAUCCAACAGCUCUUGAAAAAAUUGUUGGUGUUGAUUUAUCUCAGAAAAGUCUCAGCCGGGCAGCUAAGAUACUUCAUUCAAAACUCAACUCAAAGUUGGAUCCAGCUGUUUCAUAUACUGGCAUAAAGUCUGCUGUACUUUAUGACGGUUCCAUUACAGUUUUUGAUUCUCGAUUGUGUGGUUUUGAUAUUGGUACUUGCUUAGAGGUGAUUGAGCAUAUGGAGGAGGAGGAUGCAUCUUUGUUUGGCAGCAUUGUGCUAAGCUGUUUUCGUCCACGGAUUCUCAUUGUUUCCACCCCUAAUUAUGAGUAUAAUGUGAUACUUCAGAAAUCCAGUCUAACAAGCCAAGAAGGUGACCCGGAUGAUAAAACAGAGUCACAGCCUUUGAAGUUUCGUAACCAUGAUCACAAGUUUGAAUGGACCAGAGAGCAGUUCAAUCGGUGGGCAUCUGAACUAGCAGCAAGGCACAAUUACAGCGUAGAGUUCAGUGGGGUUGGUGGUUCUGCUGGCACCGAACCAGGGUUUGCUUCUCAAAUAGCCGUCUUCAGAAGUCGCUCUGAAACCAAGGAAGAUAAUCCUCAAAUUGACAAAGAGGUAACUCACCAUCACAGAGUUAUAUGGGAGUGGGAUAGUAGCAAUUGUUCAAGGACUGCUCUUUGAGAAGUAAACCAAGCUACAGCCGUUCUAGUAGCACAUAUAAGAGGGAUCUUUUGGUAAAUUUACCGGGCCAUAUUAUUUUAACUGGUAUGUUGUGCAGUUUUUUGGAUGCCAAUAUUGCCUCAGUGACCUUACCAAAGUUGUCUAGCUAUUUAGUAGCUUAUGAUAUAGAUGGAAUGUCCAUAUAAUGAAAGAUUGGAUAUUUAAAUUGAAAAUUAGGUAAAAUUGUCAAAGAUUGAAAAUUA